UCCUGCUGCCUUCCAAGGCUGAGAAGGUGCUCCUGGGGGAGCAUCAGCUUCAACCCAGCAGUGCCCCUUCACCGCUGCUCCUGGGUAGCUUCAGGAUUGCAUUGUCCCAUGUACAGCAUUUUAUUAACUUAUCCCAGUUAAUUUUAUUAAUUCCUCACCCUGGCUGCAGAGCAAAGAGCUGGGACAGCGAGGGUCAGUGGAGCAGAAGGGAACAGGCUUUGUCCCCCUGCCCAGCCCAGGGGCGGUGCAGCCAGGGCUCCAGCCCUUGCUGCUCACCCAGUGUUCACCAGUGUGGGGGGAAGUGGGAAAGCUGUCACUCAGUGGUUUGUGGGGAUCUGGUGCCAUGUGGGGCCUGCUGCUCUGCGGGAGCUGGCUGCUGGCCACCGGCUACCUGGUGGGUGCCACGGGUGGCUGCUGGCACCGGUGCUGCCCAGGCAGGAACAAUGCCUGCUGGGCCCCAGGUGCCCACCAGUCGCGCUGCUACUGUGACUCAUACUGUGAGAGGACAGGUGACUGCUGCCAGGACUAUCACACCGUGUGCCGCCGUGCUGCGGUGGGCUGUGCGGUGGGGCCCUGGGGGCCGUGGAGCGGGUGCAGCUCCCCGUGCGGGGUCGGCAGCAAGGCCCGCAGCCGCCAGGUCACCAUCCCGCCCCGGCACGGAGGGGAGCCCUGUCCCGACCUCAAGCAGCGCCGCGGCUGCCUGGGAGAGCACCCGACCUGCAGCACGGCCAAAGAGGUGGCCAAGAUACUCCCUGACUCCUGACUACCUGACAGCGGCUGCCAUCUCCUCCCAGGCGCGCUGCCGGGCUGGCGUGUCCUUGUACCGGCCGCUUUUGGGGAUCAAGAUGUCCUUGCGGAGGCUGACCUCUUCCAGGAUGAGGAAUUUCUCCUCCUCCGAGAACCUGAGGCGCUUUGGCAUAGAAAUACUCGUGGUGCCCUUGCGGCGGACGAGGAAGGGGCGAGGAUGGAGGUCGAGGAAGUGUCGGGAUGCGCUCCGCUCAGGAAGCCGGGGCGGCGGCACUGCCCGGAGCCCAGCAAGGCCGGCUGCCCCGGGGCUCUGAUGCUGGCGUGUGUCCCCCGCUGCUCCUCGAGCCCGGCGGGGUCCUCGCUGCCGCCGCCCCCCCCCGAUGCCGGGCGGAUUCCGCGGGAAGCGGAUGUGGCCGCUUCCUGCUCCGCGCCGGGGCGGGGCCGGUACCGGGGCGGUAACGGGGCGACUCCGGGCCGGGGGGACUCAACCAGGCCCUGGUUCCUCCCUUGCCCAUCCUCUGCCCGCAGCCCUGAGCGGGGCUGAGUGUUCCGGGGGAUUGUUUGAGGGUUUGGGGAUGGAGCCUGAUGCGGUGUUUGGCUCCCCCCCCGGCUUCCCAAUCCCGAUACUCGUCUGGAGCAGGGAAAUUACAUCGCUGGGGAUGUGUCCCCGGUUUCGGCUGGGAUAGCGCUGAUUUUCCUCUUAGGAGCUAGAAUAGCGGCAUGUUUGGGAUUUACUGUGGGGUUUGGUAUGAGAAGAAUGUUGAUAAUACACCGAUGUUCUGAGUUGUUGAUAAGAAAUGAAGGAGCUUUCAACUUCCCGUGCUUUGCUAGUGUGUGGGUGCACGAGGAGAUGUAGGGAGCACAGCCAGAGCUGGGGAGGAGGAAAAAUGGGGGGAGAAACGGGGGAAAAGUUGGAAAAUGCUGGCUCUGAGGUAGCACAAGAGGUUGUGAUGUUUUCUCGGUGGAUGGUGGGCUGUA